GCGGCCAAGAUGGCGGCGGAGCGCGCGGAGGCGGCGGCGGCGGCCGGGGCCGGGCCCGGGGAGCCCCUCAGGGACCCCCGAGCCCCCGAGCGCUCGCCCUACGCGGGCUGGGCCCACGCCGAGCUCCAGGCCACGCUCGCCGGCAUCGGAGCCCCCGCGCAGGGGACCCGGGAGGAGCUGCUGGAGCGGCUCCAGGCCUACACCCUGCAGACUGGGAUCGUGCUGAGCCGCCCCGCCCUGCGCCCAGAGGAGGGGGACAAGGCCCCGCCCCCCCAGCUGCCCCCAGCGCUGCCCCUGCAGCACCCCCUGGUGCCGCCCCCUCCCCCCCCGGGCCUGGGGCUCACCUUCGGUAUGGGGGGGCCCGUGGGGGGGGUCCCGGUGCCGCCCCCGCCCCCCCCCGCGGGGCUGUCCGAGGAGGAGCGGCUGACGCUGGCCCAGCAGCAGGCGGCCAUGCUGCUGCAGGAGGAGCGGGCACAGGGUCAGCACCCAUUCGGGGACAAGGCCAAGGAGCAGGAGCUGCUGGAGCAGCAGAAACGGGCCGCGGUGCUGCUGGAGCAGGAGCGGCAGCAGGAGAUGGCCAAGCUGACCCCCCCCACCCCCCGCGCCCCCCCCGAGGGGGCUCCCAUGGCUGCCAGGACCCCCCUGGCCCCCCGAGGCAGCCCCAUGGGAGCCCCCCUGGCCAUGGGAGCCCCCCGGCCCCGCGGGCCCCCCCCGCCCCCCGGUGACGACAGCAGAGAGGCUGAGGACUCCGGGGUGGGCCCCAAGAUCCCGCAGGCGCUGGAGAAGAUCCUGCAGCUCAAGGAGAGCCGGCAGGAGGAGCUGGUGACAGUGCCAGGGGUCUCGGCUGAGGACGAGAUGGAGAUGGAGCUGCGAACGUCGGCGUCGGCCUCCGAGGCUGAGGAGGACACAGGGACAUCCAAAAAGGAGCGGAACCGGAAGCGCCGCAACCGCAAGAAGAAGAAGCGGGGGAGGGGCGGGGCCCGGGAGGGGCCCCCAACCCCGACCCCCUCCCGGGGGGACCCCGAGACCCCCGCUGGGGACACCCCCGAGGUGGAGAUCGAGUACGUGAGCGAGGAGCCCGAGAUCUACGACCCCAACUUUGUCUUCUUCAAGAGGAUCUUCGAGGCCUUCAAGCUGACGGACGAGGUGAAGAAGGACAAGGAGAAGGAGCCGGAGCGGGCGGAGCGAGCCGAGAGCGCCGGGGUGCCCCGGAAAAAGGGACCCGAGGAUGGCACCAGGGGCAGCGACGGGGACAGCUCCGAGGACGAGCAGGAGAAGAAGCAGGAGGUCCCCAAGCUGUCCAAGAAGAAGCUGCGGCGCAUGAACAGGUUCACGGUGGCCGAGCUGAAGCAGCUGGUGGCCCGCCCGGACGUGGUGGAGAUGCACGACGUGACGGCGCAGGACCCCAAGCUGCUGGUGCACCUGAAGGCCACGCGGAACUCGGUGCCGGUGCCGCGGCACUGGUGCUUCAAGAGGAAAUACCUGCAGGGCAAGAGGGGCAUCGAGAAGCCGCCCUUCGAGCUGCCCGAGUUCAUCAAGCGCACCGGCAUCCAGGAGAUGCGCGAGGCCCUGCAGGAGAAGGAGGAGCAGAAGACCAUGAAGUCCAAGAUGAGGGAGAAGGUGCGGCCCAAGAUGGGCAAGAUCGACAUCGACUACCAGAAGCUGCACGACGCCUUCUUCAAGUGGCAGACCAAGCCCAAGCUGACCAUCCACGGGGACCUCUACUACGAGGGGAAGGAGUUCGAGACGCGGCUCAAGGAGAAGAAGCCGGGCGAUCUCUCGGACGAGCUGCGGAUCGCGCUGGGCAUGCCCGUGGGGCCGAAUGCCCACAAGGUGCCCCCCCCGUGGCUGAUCGCCAUGCAGCGCUACGGACCCCCCCCCUCGUACCCCAACCUCAAAAUCCCGGGGCUCAACUCCCCCAUCCCCGAGGGCUGCUCCUUCGGGUACCACGCCGGGGGCUGGGGGAAGCCGCCCGUGGACGAGACGGGGAAGCCGCUCUACGGCGACGUGUUCGGCACCAACGCCGCCGAGUUCCAGACCAAGGAGGAGGAGGAGGAGAUCGACCGCACGCCCUGGGGGGAGCUGGAGCCGUCGGACGAGGAAUCCUCGGAGGAGGAGGAGGAGGAGGAGAGCGACGAAGAAAAACCCGACGAGACCGGCUUCAUCACCCCCGCCGACAGUGGGUUGAUCACCCCGGGGGGCUUCUCCUCGGUGCCGGCCGGGAUGGAGACCCCGGAGCUGAUCGAGCUCCGCAAGAAGAAAAUCGAGGAGGCCAUGGACGGGAGCGAGACCCCCCAGCUGUUCACGGUGGUCCCCGAGAAGCGCACGGCGACCGUGGGCACGGCCAUGAUGGGCUCCACCCACAUCUACGACAUGUCUGCGGUGAUGGGCCGCAAGGGCCCGGUGGCCGAGGCGCAGGGCGUGGAGGUGGCGCUGGCCCCCGAGGAGCUGGAGCUGGACCCCACGGCCAUGACGCAGAAGUACGAGGAGCACGUGCGGGAGCAGCAGGCGCAGGUGGAGAAGGAGGACUUCAGCGACAUGGUGGCCGAGCACGCCGCCAAGCAGAAGCAGAAGAAGCGGAAGGCGCAGCCCCAGGACGCCCGCGGGGGGGGCAAGAAGUACAAGGAGUUCAAGUUUUAGAUGUCACCACUGUCCCCUCGCUGUCCCCUCGCUGUCACCUCCCUGGCACCGCCCUCUGCCACCCCGCAGGGCGCUGGUGCCACCC